GUUCGUGUUCGGCUGCGUUCGGCUGGACUCCUGGGCACCGCUGGGCGCUUCCGGGAGACAAGCCUGCGCAGGUAGAGGACGUGAAAGCCGGAGCGCCAUCUAGCGGGACCGGCCCCCCAAAACGAGCAACAAAGAGCUCGGCUUCGAGCCCAGAGGCUGACAGACCACAGGGGCGGGCCCCCGCUCUGCAGCAGCCAACCUCAGGCGCCUGCUGUGACGCCUUCUCCACGCGACAGCGCGCUGCCCAGCCUUGUUCUCCACGUCUCAGGUUUCGCAAAGGCGCAUGGGAACGACCAGGACGAAGGUGUAUCAAGAUGGCGGAAGCCGAGGAAGCUCCUGGAGAGCACGAGACAGCGACGCCUAGGCCUUUGUUCGCGGGCCUUUCUGAUAUAUCAAUUUCACAAGACAUCCCAAUAGAAGGAGAGAUUACUAUUCCUGUGAGAGCCCGUGCACGAGAACUUGACAACUCCACAUUAAAUGAAUCUGUUCGCCAUACCAUCAUGCGUGAUCUAAAAGCUGUGGGGAAGAAAUUUAUGCAUGUUUUAUAUCCAAGGAAAAGUAACGCUUUGUUAAGAGAUUGGGAUUUGUGGGGCCCAUUAAUACUCUGUGUGACACUUGCCUUGAUGCUACAGAAGAGUUCUGUGGAUGGGGAAAAAGAUGGAGGACCGCAGUUUGCUGAAGUUUUCGUUGUUGUCUGGUUUGGAGCAGUCACUAUUACCCUCAAUUCAAAACUUCUUGGUGGAAACAUUUCUUUCUUUCAGAGCCUAUGCGUGCUGGGAUACUGCAUACUUCCUUUGACUGUUGCAAUGCUGGUUUGCCGUCUGGUGCUUUUGGCAGGACAGGGACCAAUAAACUUCAUGAUUCGGCUUUUUGUGGUGGUGGUGAUGUUCGCCUGGUCUGUGGCUGCAUCAACAGCUUUUCUUGCUGACAGCCAGCCUCCAAACCGCAAAGCUCUCGCUGUGUAUCCGGUCUUUUUAUUCUACUUCGUGAUCAGUUGGAUGAUACUCACGUUCACUCCAUAGUAAAUCUGGACAGAGACAGUGCAAACCAGUGAACUGAAGGCUCACCUGAACAGUUUACCAACAACAGCCUCCCCACUCUCUUGUUCAAUUCUGAGACAUUAAAAGGGAGCCACAUA